AUGAACGCUUGCCAGCCACACGGUGCUCUACCGUUGGCAUCCCUUGCUGCAAAUAUUCGUUCCCUUGACGCCAGCUCAGCCAUCUUCAGUGCCAACUCACUGCCCGCGCGAGCCAUGGAUUGGGCCCGCUCCAAGCUGUCCUCCGCCUCCUCCGCGGGCCGCCGCGCGGUCACGGCGAUACGCGGCACCUCGAAGUCGCCCAAGGCGUCCAGCGGUGCGCCGCAUCCCAUCCCGCCAGGAAAGGAGAACAUGCCUUGUCCCAUCAACGGCAUGUUCCUGAAUUCCGUUGAGGCGGACCGUGCUAGGGAGGCCGCAGAUGCACUGCGGGAUAUGGAGAACGACCCGGACAUUGUUGAGGAGCGCCGGGCCAAGGACAAAGUGCCCGAGCUACCUUUGAGACCUCAGCCCGGACCCUUUGUGCCCCUGGAGGUGGUCCAAGGCGCCCACCGGCCCUCGGCCGCGACACGUGCGAUGGUGGAGCGAAUUGGGGGCAUCCCCAGGCUGCAGCAGUUUACUGAGAAGUUCUACGAGCGGAGCUUCGUUGACCCCCAUAUCGACAGGUUCAUCGCCGAGCACUCGGAGCCCCACGGCCGGCGCUUUGCCUUCUGGAUCGCCGAGAAGUUGGGCUGCGGCACGCCCUGGACGGAGGAGCGGCGCACGCGGCCCCGGAAGUACAUGCACUUUGGGGACGAGAGGAUGCAGGUGAGCCACGAUCGAAGCUCUGCCCACUUUGCGGCAUGGUACUCGCCCAAGCGCGAGGGGCACAAGCGUGGCCUGCACUUCGUGCCGGAGGAUGCUCGAGUUUGGAUGCGUCUGCACUUCUGGGCGGCCCGCGAGACAGGCCUCUUCGAUGAACACCCGGACUUCAUGGACUACUACAUGCGCUUCAUUGGUCACUUCGUGAGCGUUUACUCCAGCAAGUCGCCGCCUUUCACACGCGAAUCGGCACGAUGGUCCGCAGAUCCCAAGAACAUUCAACGCUAUUUGGAGGCAGGAAACCGCAUGACUGACGUGUUGGGCAAGGACGUGGAGGAAGAGCUGCGGAAGCUGCCGGCGGAAGAGAGGAUCUACACAGGAUCGCGGGCUGCGAUCCCUUCUUGGCCAUACAAUCAAGCGUGACUGCAGGGCAAGGCCAAAGCUGAGCCAAGCCGCGGAGCUGAGGGAAGUGAAAUGAUCUGCGCUAAUCCGCGGACGGAACUUUGUACAGGGGCCAGCCAGGAAGAGCACGUGCACUUGAGAAAGUAUCGCAACCAAGCGGAAGCCGUCAUUGACGCCCUCUGCAUUUUGAAUGUCAGCAAGUGCCGUGACUCUGUGGAAAGGCCAAAAGCGAGUGUGACUAGCUUGGAUCCUGGAAACAUUAUGGGUCGUCGCUAGUCCAGCUUUUUGGCUGUAUGUGCAUGGCAGCCUUUUGUGCGAGGGGUCAUGCCUGCCAUUCGCUUGGGCCCGGGAGAUAUUCUGAGUCCUUGCUAUUAUCGCAUCCCCUCCUGCUCGAGCAGCUCAAGGCUUUAGCUUUGCACAAAGUUGGUUGCAAGAGCUACG